AUGAUUCUGCCAGAGACUCCGGCGGGUCACGACGCGGAAGUCCGUGAAGUUCAAGGUCACUGCGUGGUCGGUGCAGAGCCGACAAUUGCCAGUCAAUCGGAGGUUAAUCAGUUCGAGUCCUCAAAUCAAUCUCAAGGCCUGAAGCCAUCCUUCUGCAAAGCCAACGGCCAGUGGCAUAUUCUGCAGGAUAAUGUUUGUGAAUGUCUCCCAGGCUAUGAAUCUUCCGUUGAGGAAAAUCUUUGUUCAAGUUGUCCAAUGGGAACGUACAAAUCUCUUCACGCGACAGGAUUCUGUCGACCGUGUCCUCCCAAUUCAACCUCAGAGGCCUCCAUCGCUAGCAAGCGAUGUGUCUGCAAUCACCCACUCUACGUCUGGCAAACUUUGGCCAACGAUGGGAGCGGAAUCUGCUCACUGUAUAAUGAGAGUCACGCAAAAAAGCUGUCUGCAGACAAUUUGAAGAAACUGCUCUGUGGACUGCUUGUGGAGGUACUAGGAGGCCAAAUGAAUAUUUUUGUUCCAGACGUGGGAAACUCGCAAACCUCCCUUCUAACUCGCUGGAUUCCCCGAGCAUACCUGAAAAUGCACUCCCACUGGGUGAAGUCGUCGCCAUUUCAUAUCGGCGGCGUUUCCUUUUCUUUGUGUCUAGUUGACACUUAG